CGUAAAUCAGCGAUCAUGCGUGUUAAUGCGCUACAGAUUGUGGGAUUCUCGUUGAUUCUGCUCAGCUGUAUUGUGGCGCUGAAUGUUUGGAAACAAAACCGCUUCACAACUCUAGCGAUGAUAAUUCGGAAAUAAUUUCCUCUCAUAAGACCGAUGCAUUUCUUCAUGAAAAUCCCGGCGGAAAAAUUCGACCGGCACAAUGCGACCCCACCGCCCCACCCUCGCUCCUUCUCUUCGUCCCUCACGCCCCGCCCACGCGGCCGACCGCGCCGCUAUCCGCGAGACAUGGGCCGCCCACGGGCGACUGUGUGGGGUGCGGGUUAUCUUCGGAUUCGGCGGCAUCAACGACACACUGCUUCAAGAGGAAUUAUUGGCGGAGAACGCGCUAUACGGAGAUCUCCUGCAAAUUGACGAUAUUCCCGAUUCGUAUUAUAAUCAGACGCAGCUGAUCCUGCGCUUCUUCCGCUGGGGCGUUGAACAUUGCAGCGGGGCGCGGUUCAUGGGAAAAGCCGAUGAGGACACGUGGAUUAAUGUCUUUGGGAUAUUCGGCUAUUUGCGACUGCCGGAAGCGGGGCGGUCGGUCACCGGCUGGAUUGUGGCCAAUGAGAAGAUGCGAAAGGUCAACCGCCCGGAAGAUGGUCUCAAAUGGUUCCUCACGAAAUCCGAGUACCCGGCCGACACCUAUCCGCCCUACAUGAUGGGCUACCUGUACAUCUUCCCGGCGGACCGUAUCCCCGAUUUACUGCAGGCCGCCACCCGGCUACCGGUACACUGGAUCGAUGAUGUAUUUAUUGCCGGUCAGCUGCCGGAAAUGCUACAAUUAAAUUUGCUGAAUGUGGCUGAAUAUUCCUUUUCGUAUAAAGAGGUGCGCAGUGAACGCUGUGCCGGGCGGAAUUUUUUUAUAAUUCACGGGACGGAUGCGGAGGGGAAGCGUAACUUGUUUUAUCAUAAUUGUGUUAAACAUUUGUAUAUGCGCUUGCCGGCCAAAUGUCUUUGACGCGACUUUCAGCGGGAACAUUUUCGCAACUGUACCAAAAAUUUAGAUAUUACA